AUGUUUAAACAGCCCUUAACCCAAACAGAAAUAGAAGAAGAAAUACGGCGUAUAAUGUGCGGAGAAGACAGUGGGAGCGAUUGGGAGGAGGACAACCUUGAACCGGAACCAGAAGAUUCAGAUGAUGAAAGCGAUGACGAUAAUAUUGUUAUUGCACCAGAAACUCCAGUCUGCAUCCCUCAGCGUAAUUUAUUUCAAGAUCCUCCAACUGCAGCUCGAGAACAAACACCUACAGAAGGCGAAGAAUCCGAAACCAACAUUCUCGAAGUUUGCUCUUCCUUACAUCAGUACCUUAUAAAACCAAAUAAAACUUCUUUGACAGGAAAGAAUGGCCAUAAAUGGUCAGCGACAGUACCUGCGAAGUGUAAAAGAACUGCAGCAAGAAACAUUAUUCAUUUUAUACCUGGUCCUAAAGGAAAUACCAACAAUUAUUCCAUGUUUGAUGAAUAUUUCCUGCAUUUCUUCUCACAUGACAUAUUGGAAAUUAUACUUCAGCAUACAAAUGCAGAAAUUGCUAGACGAGCGCAAAAGUAUCAGAGUCAUGCCAAUAUAUCUGAAAUUACAAAAAACGAAUUAAAAGCCCUCUUUGCAAUUUUGAUAAUGUCUGCAGCGAACAAAGAUAAUCAUUUGUCGAUGAAACACAUGUUUAAUACUAACAUAUCCGGAAAAUUUUACAGAGCUUGUAUGAGUGGUGAACGUUUUUCUUUCCUACUAAAUUGUCUUAGAUUCGAUAAUAAAGAAACGAGGCAAGAGAGGGUGCUGAAAGAUCCGUUGGCAUACAUUCGUGAAAUAUGGGAUAUUUUUAUAACAACAUGCAGGACUUCAUAUACACCUUCGUCAUACCUGACUAUCGAUGAACAAUUGGUUGGAUUUCGUGGACGUUGUCCAUUUAAAAUUUAUAUUCCAAAUAAGCCGUCCAAGUACGGUAUAAAGAUUGUCAUGCUAUGCGAUUCUUCGUCCAAGUACAUGAUCGAUGCUGAUCCUUAUCUGGGAAAAUUAACAAAGAGAAAUGGUUUGCCACUGGCUUCAUACUACGUCAAGGAACUGACUAAAUCAGUCCAUGGUAGUAAUAGAAACGUUACCAUGGAUAACUGGUUUACGUCAGUCCCUUUAGCUGAUGAGUUACUAAAAGAUCCCUAUAAACUUACCAUUUUAGGAACUCUUCGCAAAAACAAAAAGGAAAUCCCUACGGAAUUGUUAAAUGUAAAAGGUAGAAACCCAAACACAUCUAUGUUUUGCUACGUUCGACAGAAAACCUUAUUAUCAUAUAUGCCAAAAAGACAGAAAAUAGUUUUGCUUCUUUCCACUCUUCACGAAGGGGCUGAGAUAACAGCAACAGGCAAGCCAGCAAUAAUACAAAAUUAUAAUCAAACUAAAGGAGGAGUGGACACAUUUGAUCAAAUGUGUUCAAAUAUGAACUCCUGCCGAUGGUUAUCUUUUAUCUUUUAUCUGUUAGGAUAUGAUAAAUAUUGGAAGCAUAAAUUCAUACGUCAUUUAUUCUACAAACACACUAAAUAUGAACAAAAAACCCUUAUCCAGGUACCAAUAUAUGUUAGAAUUAAGUCAUCGUCUUGCAGAACCGUGGAUGAGGGACAAGUUGAAUACUAA